AUGGAAGGGGACACAAAGCCCGACCGCUUCCCCAGCACGGAGCAAGUCCGUGUCUUUCCAGUUUCUGCGCCGAACAGCGACGCGGAGAAAGUUGUCGGUGCCGAGGACCAACGCGAUGUCUCCACAGCUUCGCCGAAGCAGUCUGCGUUCAAGUCGCUCGGCUGGCUGGACCGCUUCCUCGCUGUGUGGAUCCUGCUCGCCAUGAUCAUCGGGAUUCUUCUGGGAAACUUCGUGCCGGGGACCACCGAUGCCCUGCAGAAGGGCCAGUUCGUCGGUGUCUCGGUGCCGAUAGCGGUCGGAUUGCUCGUGAUGAUGUACCCCAUAUUAUGCAAGGUCCGGUACGAGACUCUGCACGAGAUAUUCUCCCACCGGGGGAUCUGGAAACAGAUCGCGUUCAGUGUGUUUAUGAACUGGGUCGUCGCUCCGUUCCUUAUGCUGGCGCUUGCAUGGGCGUGUUUGCCGGAUGAGCCCGAGCUUCGUACCGGGUUGAUACUCGUGGGCUUGGGUAGGUGUAUCGCAAUGGUCUUGAUAUGGACGAGCUUAGCUGGUGGCGAUAACGAAUAUUGCGCCAUUCUCGUGGCCGUCAACUCCAUCCUUCAGAUGAUAUUAUUCGCCCCGUUGGCCGUCCUCUUCAUUCGUGUGAUUAGCCAUGAAUCCGGAACCCUAGAUAUAUCGUAUGAAGUCGUUGCCACCAGUGUGGGGACCUUUCUCGGUAUCCCGCUCGGCGCGGCCAUGUUGUCACGUUUUGGACUGCGGGCUUUGGCCGGCCCUGGAUGGUACGAUCGCGUCUUUUUGAGAUUCGUGGCGCCUUGGUCUCUGAUCGGUCUCCUGUACACGAUCCUGGUUCUGUUCGCGUAUCAAGGUCAGCAAGUCGUCCAUCAGAUCGUAUCUGUCUUGCGCGUCGCCGUCCCCCUGAUCGUGUAUUUCAUCAUCAUCUUCUUCGUCACUCUAUGGGCUACACAUCGAUGUGGGUUUGGCUACGCUCUCGGCACCACCCAGAGCUUUACUGCGGCGAGCAACAAUUUCGAGCUCGCUAUCGCUGUCGCCAUUGCGACUUACGGUCCUAACAGUGAUCAAGCUCUGGCAUCUACCGUUGGGCCCUUGAUCGAAGUUCCCGUGCUACUCGGGCUUGUGUAUGUCGUUAAAUGGGUCGGGAAUAGGUGGGCCUGGAAAGACUGA